AUGAAGGACACAAACAAUAACUUCAGCAACUCCCUCCUUGCCGCCCAAAAGGAGAAGCUUAUUCAGGCGAUUAAAAAAAUUAAACAUGAAAUUGAUGAAUGUUACGAAGCUGAGAAAGACGCCUUUGUGGACGCUGUGGGGGUCGAGAACAGAUUUGAAGAGAUAGAGCGUGAAAUCCGAGCAGAGUUUCAAAACCUCCAUCGUUUCCUAGAUGAGGAGGAGGAGACGGACCUGGAACGACUGAAGAAGGAAAGGGAGAGACGAGUGAAGAUCUUAAAAGAGAGAGAGAGAAAGAUUGGCAUGCAGGGUAGAGAUCUAGAGAAAGCCAUCGAGACACUGAAUUGCAAACUGCGGGAGGAUGACAGUCCCAAACUUCUGAAGGAAAUCAAAGAGCUUCUGAAAAGAUGUGAGGUGAAUUUCAUUCGGCCUGCCCCAAUAGACUGUGAAAUCCUCUCUGGUCAGUUUGUGGGGCCCAUACAGUAUCGGAUCUGGAAACACAUGAAAACAGCACUUUACCCAAGCAUAUCCUCGUUGACUUUUGACCCUGAAACGGCACAUCCCCUCUUGACCUUAUCUGCUGAGGGGACGUCAGUGAUUUUCAGUGAGGACAAGGUGCUGCCCAAGGAGAACCCAGAGGAGAGGAACCCGAAGCGCUUCCACUACUACUAUUGUGUGAUGGGCUCAGAAGGCUUCACCAAUGGCAGUCAUUACUGGGAGGUAGAGGUGAAGGGCAAGACCGCCUGGCGAGUGGGGGUAGCCAGAGCAGACGUGAACCGUGGGGAAAUGGACUCUUCCUCCACGUUAAAUGGACUGUGGACGCUGUCUCUGAAAAAUGGCUCAAUCACGGCCUGCACCCACCCAAAGCCCACACAGGUGCUCUUGUAUGCCCUCCCCAUCCGCAUCGGUGUAUUCCUGGACUGUGAAAAUGAGGAAGUGUCUUUCUACAACGCUGUCACCAUGACGCCACUCUUCUCCUUCUACAUGGGCACUGUUCAUUUGCCGCUCUAUCCAUUCUACAACCCAUGUGACUCAGAUGAAGGAAAGAACUGCGCUCCUCUUUCCAUCUUCCAUCCAUCACUCUGAGGGUUUGACAUAGGAGAUAGAUGUUUGUUUUUCCACCUUUACUGCUGACAGUUUGAAAUCUGAAUUCUGGUCACCACUCAGCUUGUAUAUCUAGAGCAGUUUUUGCUGUGUUGUUUUGUAUAAACUGAUACAAUAAACAGUGCCAUGAGAGAGUGAAUUCGGACAAUUAAUUAAAAUAAUGUUCUGUUGAUUGGCAGGAAUUCAUUUGGCAUGAUGCUCACAGUGCAUGAAUAUUCUGUAGUGGCAAGCCAUUGCGUGCAUUAUGGGAUUGAAUGACUGCAGUUGUUAAUUAUGUCAUUAUUUACUUGUUCCAAAACGGAAUGCAAAUAUGGUUUGACAUCAUGAUGUUGGAGAUCCUUGAAAACCAAUGAAAGUCUUUUAUUGAUGUCCAGCCUGCAUCAUUGGCACUUUAUGUGGUUUGAGAGACACAGACAUAUGGACAACAUGUAUAGGGUUUUUUGUCCUUUUUUAAAGCUUGACAGGCUGCUGUCACAAUAUCAAUGCAUUAUGACAAUAUAACCAUGAUUAUCUAAUCUCAGAAGCUAACCAGUGUUGCGGUUUGGUUAGAGCUUAGUACUUUAAUUGGAGACUGCCUAGAAAUACAAUAUGAUAGCAAGAUUCUCACAGCAAGGUCUCUGUUUCAAAUCCUAAGCCAGGAUGCCUUUCUGUAUGGAGUUUGCAUGUUCUUCCUGUGACGCUUGGUAUUUUGGUUUCCCCUCAAAGGCAGAUUACGUGAAAUGGAGACAAUGCCUAUAAGAGUGAGUUUAAAUGUGUGUGUUAGCACUGUGAUGGACUGACCAUCUGUUUAGGGUGGUCCAUAAUGCUGAGGAGGCUCCAGCAUCCCAGUGACUUUACAUAUGACAAUUGGCUUAGAGAAUGGAUGAAGUUUGGAAUUUCAUUAGGGUGAGUAAAUAAUGACAAAAUGUUGAUGUAUUUGUACACACUUUAUUAAUAAAAUAUGUGCACGUUA